GGCACAGACCCGGACUAUAAAACACCCCUUGCAUGCGACUGGUGCCUGACGUUGCUGUGUUGGCGAAGAUACGUAACUCGUCUUAGUCAACGGAGCUGGAGAGAACUUUUUGCGCCCUUUUGCUGAGAAUUACUUUCCCAAAACUUUUUUACGUGUCUUUAAUUAUCUGCAUUUUUGGACGAGGGUGAAAUGAGAGAGUGCAUCUCCAUCCAUGUGGGCCAGGCAGGCGUUCAGACGGGCAAUGCAUGCUGGGAACUCUUCUGCUUGGAACACGGUGUGCAACCUGACGGGGUAUUCAACGAACAGGACCAGGGCCCUAAUUCCCGAACUGAUCCCUUCAACACCUUUUUCAACACCGGAAGUUCUGGCCGCCAUGUUCCCAGAGCAAUAUUUGUGGACCUGGAGCCAACAGUGGUCGACGAGGUCAGGACAGGUAUGUACCGGCAGCUCUACCAUCCAGAGCAGCUCAUCUCUGGAAAGGAAGAUGCAGCCAACAACUACGCCCGUGGGCACUACACCGUGGGGAAGGAGAUCAUUGACGGGGUCCUGGAGCGUGUCCGGAAAAUGACUGACCAGUGCACUGGGCUGCAAGGAUUCCUCAUCUUCCACAGCUUCGGAGGUGGCACUGGCUCUGGUUUCACCUCUCUGCUGAUGGAGCGCCUGUCCGUUGACUAUGGAAAGAAGUCCAAGCUUGAGUUUGCCAUCUACCCAGCUCCCCAAGUGUCCACAGCUGUAGUAGAGCCCUAUAAUUCCAUUCUGACCACUCACACCACCCUGGAUCACUCUGACUGUGCUUUCAUGGUGGACAAUGAGGCUAUCUACGACAUCUGUCGCCGCAAUUUAGAUGUUGAACGGCCAUCGUACACCAACCUCAACAGAUUGAUUGGUCAGAUUGUCUCCUCCAUCACUGCCUCCCUACGGUUUGAUGGCGCUUUAAAUGUGGACCUCACAGAGUUCCAGACCAAUUUAGUCCCAUUCCCUCGCAUUCAUUUUCCCCUGGUCACCUACGCACCCAUCAUCUCAGCUGAGAAAGCCUACCAUGAGCAGCUGACUGUCUCUGAGAUCACCACUGCCUGCUUCGAGCCAGCCAAUCAAAUGGUCAAGUGUGACCCUCGUCAUGGCAUGUACAUGGCUUGCUGUAUGCUUUAUCGUGGAGAUGUGGUACCCAAAGAUGUGAAUGCCGCGAUUCAAAAUAUCAAGACCAAACGUUCUAUCCAGUUUGUGGACUGGUGCCCCACUGGUUUCAAGGUUGGGAUCAAUUAUCAGCCACCGACAGCUGUACCUGGAGGUGAUCUAGCCAAAGUCCAAAGAGCUGUGUGCAUGCUGAGCAACACCACUGCCAUUGCAGAAGCUUGGGCCCGUUUGGACCACAAGUUUGACCUCAUGUAUGCCAAACGUGCAUUUGUGCACUGGUAUGUAGGUGAGGGCAUGGAGGAGGGAGAAUUUUCUGAGGCUAGAGAAGACCUUGCUUGUCUUGAGAAGGAUUAUGAAGAGCUGGGAAGAACAAGCACAGAAUCUGAUGAUGAUGAAGUGGGCGAGGAAUAUUAAUAACUGAUUAAUAAUGUCCUAUCUGUCUGUCAAAAUAUUUCAUUUGCUUUUCUUUGUAUUCUUUCUUGUAUGAGUUCAUUGUUGGGUGGCAGAUAGCCUAGCAGCUAGACAGUUGGGCAAGUAACCAAAGGGUUGCUGGUUUGCAUCCCUAAGCCAAUAAGGUAAAAGGUAUCUGUCCAUGUGCUCUAGAGAAAUGCACUUAAUAGCUCCUGUAAGUUUUGGAACGCUUCUGUACAUUUUCAAUAAGAACAUACUGCUAAAUAAAAUAAAUGUAGCUGCCUACCUUGAACCAAAACAUGUUAUAAAAACUGAAUGGACAUCCAGUUGCACUUUUUCUUUAUUAAUGUCCUGUUUAAUAUGUCAAUUCCAGGUUUUACAAUUGUUUUCAGCUUCUGAUUAAAACAUGUCUGAGUACAAUAUUGUGCUAGACAUUUUCUCUCAA